GGGGGGGCAGCCGAGCCGCGGUGCUGCACACAUUUCCCCCGGAGAAGAAGAAACGCUGAGAGGACCGCGAUCUGUGCAGACUGAACAAGAGUCCGUCAGCCUAGGGAAACAUUUCAAACUUUUGUCAUCAUUUAACAUUUCCUGACCCUAAACUUCCUGAAGAACAGACUUUAUUUCUGUUUAUCUGGGGUUAUACUGAUCUGCAGAAGGAAGGGUAAAACUCAAUCAAACAAAACAUUUAAGGAACAUGGCGCAGCAAGUGUGGUGCUUGUCGUUCCGGCAGCCUUACGCCGGCCUGGUUCUGGAUGGGCUGAAGACGGUGGAGAGCCGCUGGAGGCCAGUGUUAGCGCCGCUGGAGAACCAGACUCUGGGGAUCCACAUUGCCCAGAGGGACUGGGAGGGGGGCGAGUGGAGGGAGGCACUGAGCGGCCUGAUGGGAAUGAACCAGGUCCAGAUACAAGAGCUGCUGACAUCCGGAGACAGGUUCGGCCGAGGGGUGGUGGCAGGUCUAGUAGAUGUGGGCGGGACCUGGGAGUGCCCCCCGACCCUGCAGGGGGCAGAACUACAGGAGCUGGAGCAGGCGGCUCUUCUGAUUGGUCUGCAGGAGAAGCACCUGACCCGGCUGUCAAAUCCUCGCUGGCUGAAGGCGCCUCUGAGCGCUCGUGGGGGUCGGGACCUCUGGACCGUGGAAAUCCCCCCCGAGCUGUUACCAUGACAACACAACACUUCACUCCCAUUGGACGAUUAAUUACCACCUGUUUGUUCGUUAAGGAUAAUCAGUCUGUUUGAAUAAAGGUAUUUUCUGUAACGAGA